UCCAGACCAAAAAUGGAGGCGAAAUACACUAAAAUAUGGAGGCCAUGGCCCGGAAUCGACGGUGGCGACGACAGGCUCAGCUCUUUACCGGACCAAAUCAUCUCCUACAUCCUCUCAUUCAUGGAAACCAAGUACGCCGUCGGCACCGAAGCUCUCAGUCGACGGUGGGAAGGUCUCUGGACUAGGGUUUCGAAUCUCGACCUCGACAACCGCUUGGUUUACGACGACUCUUCGGGCGACGAUCUGAAAAUUGUAUAUGCAUCAGAUGCUAAGAGGAGAGACUCGCAAUUUUGCCACUUCGUCGACAAGGUAUUGGGAGAGCACAAGAAUCUCAAUUCUCUUACUCGAUUCCGCUUCCAUUUCUCAGUGGAGCACCGUCAGUAUUCCACGGUGCUUCGUAGAACUAGGUUUAAGAGAGAAUUGGUGUUUGGUCCUGCCAUUGAGGAGAUUGAUGUUAGGGUUUGUGGGGAAACAGCACUCGGGAUCCCCCAAUGUAUGCGCUGCAUUCCAGAAAACUUCUACACUUUGAAGAAUCUGAAAGUUGCCAGGCUUUCGGGGGUCGUACUGGGUGCGAUAAACCGGCCCGUCUUUCUUCCUAGUCUGAAGAUUUUACAGCUUUCGUAUGUUAAGAUGAAGGACUUUGAGUCGUUAGGCAGGAUCAUUUCUGGUUGCCCUGUUCUGGAGAUUUUUCACCUGGAGAGUUGCCACCCUUCCAGCAAGAAUGAGAGUGACAGAAUCGAGGUUUCCUUACCGCGUUUGAAGAACUUUAAGGUUAGCGAUUAUGGGAAUUGGGAUGAUCCCAUGUGUCCCAUUGUUAUUGAAGCGCCGAAUCUUGAGGAUCUUUAUCUCGAGCACUUCGCUGAGUUGCAGUUCAAAGGCAAAAUUCCAUUGUCGCGCCUUCAUGUGGCACAUGUUGAUGUAGGCCAGGACUGUCGAACCUCGUAUCAUGACGUGAUUCGGCUCCUUUCUCAAAUCUCCAACGCAAGAAAACUGAGCUUAUCUGGGGAGACUCUGGUAAUAAGGUCCAAUGUUUUCUUUUCCAGUGUUCAAUUUUGUUCAUAAGAGCACUAUUUUUUUCUUAACUUUUUGUUUCAACAGGUUCAUCUGUCAGCUGCCACCGAUGAUGAUGUUCGACUGCCUAUCUUCCCCAAUCUGACGCAUUUGACAAUUGGAAUCGGGCUAUUUGGGCCAACUAGCUGGUUUCUGCACUCUUUGCUAAACUCAGCCUCCAAACUACAAUCUCUUGUCAUUGACAUGCAGAGGGGUCACUGGGGAGUACCAUUGAGGUGGGAGGGUCUAGAAACUGCUUGCAUGCCACACUGUUUGUUAUCAAGCCUGGAGGAAAUCGAGGUUAGGGAACUCGUAGCAUAUCCAGAUGAGAAGAAAAUGAUAGCGUAUUUGCUCAAGUCCGGAGCUGUAUUGAGGAAGGUGAAUAUGCAUGUAAAUAGUCGCUUUCUCGAGUUAAUGGGACGCAAAGAUCUCGUCGCGCUACUAAAGCUUCCAAGACGAUCGAGCACUUGCCAAGUUGAGCUUUUCUUUCCCUUUGAGGAUGACCGAGAUAGCUGCAUCGGCAGCGAUGAUGAGAGUGACACUGACGACAACGUAGAUGAUGGUGACCCUGACAGCCCUGAUGACGAGAUCGACAGCGAAGAUGAUGCCAGCGACAGUGAAGAGGAUUCUCUCUGAAGCAUUUCGGUAGGCAAGGAAGGGGGUCUCCGAAUUCCCCUUGGGUAAAGAUUCUCAUAUGCUCUCUCUUCUUAUUAGAUGAGUUGUCUCUUUUUAGAGGAAUGGUUUGGAUGCAUAUUAUACAGUGUAGCAUUUGUUGGAUCAUUCGGUGACGAACAGAAUGUUAUAAGCUCUUGUCUAGAUUGCUUCGUAAGCUUGCUUUGCUCCAUGUUUACUACAAGAUAAACACAUGCAGCUUUCCCACGGCCCCUCCUAGCCUUCUCGGCCUCCCUAAUCCAUUGUUAGC